AUGUUGUCUUCUAGGAAGAAAGAGCACCUGCCUUCCAAGUGUUUCACAUGGCACAACAGGCUGAACAGCCAGCGCUGGGUGUUUGUGAGCGAGGGGCUGGAGGACUUCAAGAAAGUUUGUCCACCACACCGAGGUCUGACCACCACUCAGGGCCCCAGGGAAGGCUUUCUGCCCCGGAUUCAUCACCGAACCCCCAAACCAACCCCCAAGAAAAGGCAAUAUGAGUGGCCCACCAAAGCAGCCCUGUUCUCCAAGGUGGCACUGGCCCCUCAGUCGCAGAAGACACUCAUAGAGAAUAGGGAAAGCCACCUAGCCACACAUCCCCUGGCUCUCUACCCACACCUGGAGGAAGCUCUGCCUGCAGAGCUCUUAUUAAAGGUGCUGGAAGUGCUUGAUCCUGAGAGGAAGCUGCAGGAAACCUGGGCUUAUUGUCAGGAUGCCAGGGAAAGGAUGGAGGAACCCACAAAACUCUUUUUAAAACAUUCUACCCAAAUGGACCCAGGACUUUCCAACAAGGCUCCCGUGUUGCUUCCAGGGCAGUGGCUUUAUAGAGAAAAGCCACAUGAAAUGGGUUUGGUCCAUGAAGACGGUCCUCGUGUUCACAAAAACGGAAUUCCGGACAUCCAUGAAGAGUUCAUCCUGCAACAAUUUGAACUUAAGAGCAAACAGAGCUGCGAUGUGCUCCACACGACCAGGCUAAACCAGGUUCCUCUGGAGCCAAAGAAGUACAAGAACCUGCAGGACACAGGAUUCUUCCAGAAACCAGAUCAGAAGAGGAAAUUCCAGAAACCCCAGAAAUCUCCUAAAGCAAAGUGGGUGAAGAUGCGCUAUGGAGCCUGGUACCUGCACACCAACUUGUGGAAAAAGCUAAGAGCUGAUGAACCCUUGCUGGACCCCAAGGUCCACUGUAAGGCACAAGAUGAGCGGCUGAGAAGGGACCUUGAGCAGCAGGAAGAGUUACUGGCACAACUUUAUGCAAGCAUUGCCUUUAAGGAUUUCAUCCUAAGCAGAGGCUACAGGAUGCCCACGUUCCUUGAGAAGAUAUACAUUGGAAAGCAAGGCAAAUCUCAACUCGAUAAGACUCCUCCUAAACUCACUUUGCGCAUAGAAGAAUGUUGGACAGAUGAUGAGGCAUGUGUUAUUGAUUAUUGA